AAUAUUUCUGAGUGAUAACAUCAGUUGCCUUAGCACACCCAAGGCCCUGGGUUGAACCCAGUCCUAGAAGAAAGGCAAAUGUGCCACUCAGAAUGGCAGCCAGUUGAGCAAUGUGGAAAGAGAAGGGUCCAAGACUGUGUACUCCCAUCCUCACGGUGCACAGCUGUCUGGGAAUGGGGGAGGGUUCGGAGCUCAUGACUCAGGGUGUCCACCCUGUGGUCAGACACUCAGAUCCGGCUGAUCCAGGUGCAUGUGCAAGAGGCGGUCCUUGCCCCACACCCCAUCCCCAACCCCGCUGGCCUCAAGCUCCCCAUAGGCAGGUAUGGUCUCCUUGGAGCAGCAAGAACCCUAAGGGAGAGAUUGGUUCUGAGCACUGUCCCUUAAGUGAAGCCUGGGCUCCCCUCCCCCUGGCCCUGCAGCUGUCUCUGGACAGAGGGAGGGGGAAGUGGCCAAAAAACGAGAAGUAAGAGAAGUUCCUGUCCAGCCUGUACCAGUCUCCUCGGAACUUCAGAACUGCAGUGGCCAUGGAGUCUGUGGAGCCCCCUGUCAAAGACGGCAUCCUCUACCAGCAGCACGUGAAGUUUGGCAAGAAAUGCUGGCGCAAAGUGUGGGCUCUGCUGUAUGCGGGAGGCCCAUCAGGCGUAGCUCGGCUAGAAAGCUGGGACGUGCGUGAUGGUGGCCUGGGACCAGCAGGCGACAGGUCCACAGGGCCCAGCCGUCGAGGGGAACGCCGGGUCAUACGCUUGGCUGACUGUGUAUCUGUCCUGCCUGCGGAUGGCGAGAGCUGUCCCAGAGACACUGGUGCCUUCCUGAUUACCACCACUGAGCGAAGCCACCUGCUGGCUGCACAGCACCGCCAGUCCUGGGUGGACCCCAUCUGCCAGCUGGCCUUCCCGGGUACCGGAGAAUGUUCGUCAGGAUCAGGACAGGCUGAGAGUCCAAAAAGGGGCUUUGUUCCCAUGGAGGAAAACUCUAUCUACUCCUCCUGGCAGGAAGUGACCGAGUUUCCCGUGAUCGUGCAGAGGACAGAGGCCACCGCCCGCUGCCAGCUGAAAGGACCCUACCUCCUGGUGCUGGGUCAAGAUGACAUCCAACUGAGGGAGACAUCCAAGCCCCAGGCCUGUUUUAGCUGGCCCUACCGUUUCCUGCGCAAGUACGGCUCUGACAAGGGUGUGUUCUCUUUUGAGGCUGGCCGACGCUGUGACUCAGGUGAGGGCCUUUUUGCCUUCAGUAGCCCGCGUGCCCCAGACAUAUGUGGGGCUGUGGCUGCCGCCAUUGCCCGUCAGCGGGAGCGUCUUCCAGAGCUGGCCAUGUCCCCACCCUGCCCCCUGCCUCGGGCCCUCUCCCUGCCCUCCCUAGAGCCCCCUGGAGAGCUUCGGGAGGUAGCCCCAGGAUUUGAGCUGCCCACUUCCAAAAAGCUGCCUCUAACUGAUCCCGGGCCUCAAAGCCUACCACUGCUGCUCAACCCCACACAAGAAGGACCGGCAUCCGGUCUCUAUGCGUCCGUGUGCAAGCAGACCAGCAAGCACACAGGCAUGGCGGAGCAUCUCUAUGAGAACGUGUGCAUGCUGGAGGCCAGCCCUGGGCUGACCAAUGGGGGUCCUGAAGCCCAAGAGGGCCCCCCUGGUGGCCGCAGCCCCCUGGGCAGCCCCAUCUACCAUAACACUGAGGAUCUGAGUUGGCCUGGCUCGGCCCACGACAGCAAUCUGGAAGCCCAGUACCGGAGGCUGCUGGAACUGGAGUUGGAUGAGACCGGAAGCGCCAGCCGCUCUGGAGCACAGGCAGGCAUCAAGGCCAAGCUGGUGACCCUGCUGACCCGAGAACGGAAGAAGGGCCCCGCCCCCUGUGACCGGCCCUGAAGGCCUGAGUGGCCAGCCACUGCAGGACAGAGGUGAUCUCCCAAGACCAGGAACAACUUCAAACAUAUCCCGUCUACUCUGACCUGCAGGGACAAGCCAGGUGGCCCAGGGAGGAGCCACACUCUGCCCUACCUCCUCCCUCAGACUGUACAGAUUGACCAGUAAUAAAGCUUGCCUAUCAACUUCC